AUGGCACCCUCCGGCCCCAUCACAACACCCAUAACCCAGCUCCUGGGCAUCCAGCACCCGAUCCUCCUCGCCGGCAUGGCCCGCACCUCGGGCGGCCCCCUGGCAGCAGCCGUCUCCAACGCCGGCGGCCUAGGCGUCAUCGGCGGCUUCCAGUACACCCCCGACCAACUCCGCGAGAUCAUUGCCGAGAUGAAGGCGAACUUCAAGUCCCCCGACUUGCCGUUCGGCGUGGACCUCGCGCUGCCGCAGGUCGGCGGGAACGCGCGCAAGACGAACCACGAUUACACGGGCGGCAAGCUCGACGAGCUCAUCGACAUUACGAUCGCCUCUGGCGCGCGGUUGUUUGUGAGCGCGGUGGGGGUUCCCCCCAAAGAAGUGAUUGAGAGGUUGCACGCGGCGGGGAUUUAUGUCAUGAAUAUGGUCGGGCAUCCGAAGCACGCUGUGAAGGCGCUGGAUUUGGGGGUGGAUAUUAUCUGCGCGCAGGGAGGCGAAGGGGGCGGACACACGGGCGACGUGGCGAAUUCGGUGCUCAUCCCCGCGGUGGUGGACGUCGCGAGGCGGUAUAAGCCGCCCAUGCUCAAGGGGUCUACGGCGUUGGUGAUCGCCGCGGGCGGGAUGUACAACGGCCGCAGCCUGGCGAGUUCGCUGAUGCAGGGGGCCGUCGGCGUGUGGGUCGGCACGCGGUUCGUGGCGAGCGUGGAGGCGGGUUGUAGCCAGGAGCACAAGGAGGAGGUGGUGUCGUGCGGGUUCGAGGGGACGGAGAGGACGCUGGUGAUUAGCGGGCGGCCGUUAAGGAUGAAGACGAAUGAGUAUAUCCGCGGGUGGCACGCGCGGCCGGAGGAGAUUAAGAGGUUGACGGAGGGCGGGACGGUGCCGAUUGAGCAUGAUUUCGAGCAGGGGCGGGAGGACAUUGAGAUUCCGCAUCUGAUGGGGCAGGUUGCGGGCGCGAUUGAUAGGAUUCAGCCGGCGGGGGAGAUUGUGGAGGAGAUGGUGAAGGAGGCGGCUGAGCAGUUGAGGCUUGGGGAGGUUUAUCUUGGGCGGAGUAAGCUUUGA